AUGUUGGUCCUUUUGAGCAAAGAAGGAGUGCAGCAAAAUUCAAGAAAAUGGCUCAUUAUUGGUGGAAGUCUGUGGAGCGCACAUUGGUGGAAUUUUGUGGAGCGCAUCACUGAUGAAGAAAAAGUCAGAUUCGCUAUUUAUAUGCUUCAGGAUAGAGCUCAUCAUUGGUGGAAGUCUGUGGAGCACACAUUGGCUCAUAGGCAUGAGCCAGUUACCUGGCAGGGGUUUCGCACAACCUUUUACUCCAAAUAUUUUCCUUUUAGUCGCCUGAGGGAGUUAGAGAGAGAAUUUCUCAAUAUAUCUCAAGGAACUAUAACCGUGGAUGAGUAUGAGGCAAAGUUUGAUAAGCUGUUUCGGUUUGCUCCCACCCUCAUUAUGGAUGCAGAGUCCAAGAUAAGGAGAUUCGAAGAAGGGUUGAAGUCUCACUUACAUCGGGGUUUGGCCGCAAUGCACUCAGCAAGCUAUGAUGUUCUGGUAGAUAUGGCCAAGAAUAUGGAAAUUGUGUGGAAGGAAACACAGGAUGUUAAAAAUGGGAAACAAAAGAAGAGGAGCAGAGAUUUUAAUACCCGCAGUGGACAAAAUUCUAGCAAAACUGCGAAAUCUCAUAAUAGAUCUUGGCAAUCAGAGAAGCAUGAAUCUUAUGGGAGAACUACUCAGCAUCAGCAAGACCGGUCUAAAUGUGAAGCAUGUGGAGGUGCCCAUAAGAUAGAACUCUAUAGACGGUUAUCCAACGCCUGUUUCAGAUGCGGCCAGCAGGGUCAUAAGAUAAAGAAGUGCCCAUGCAAUCAGCAAGUAUCUCAAUCAGUACAGAGGCCUCAGGCUACAAGGACCUAG